AUGCCGACUCCUAUGGUUUACCAUGCCAAAGCGCAAUCCACUUACAAGCCUCCUCUCAUUGCGAACGAGAAUGCCUUCCUGGGUGAUGUUGACUCAAGCGACUCAUACAACCCGGACAAGCCUAUCUCCGCUGGCUUCUACCGUCUCGAAAAGGGAACGCCGCUUACCUACGAGUACAGCUACGACGAGAUGAAGAUUAUCCUCGAGGGGGAGUACGAGAUCUCGGACGAGACAGGACAGAAGGUGACGGCAUUGCCGGGUGAUGUGUUCCAUUUCCCCAAGGGAUCGAAGAUCACCUUUACAACGCCAUCGUAUGGGCUGGCAUUUUUCACUGGACAGCGAGCCAAGGGGGUUCUCUAA